AUGACAGUUCCGCCCUACAUUUUCGCCUCUCUCGUUACGGUCUUCUCCGGCUGGGCAGCGGAUCGCUAUAAACAACGCAUGCUCUCCGUUCUUCUCCCUAACCUUCUCGCAAUGAUUGGCUUUAUCAUAAUCAUUGUCAGUGUACGAUACAAAGAACUUCCGGGCGUGACGUUGUUCGGAAUUUUCUUCGCUAUUGGCGGACUAUACCCCAUCUCGCCAGCUGUGACGGCGUGGACGGCACUGAAUCUCGCGGGCUCGAUGAAACGUUCCGUGGGUAUAGGCGCCAUGAUUGCUUUCUCGCAACUCGGUGGCAUUGUGGGAUCCAAUAUCUACAUCUCUUCGCAGUCGCCGCGCUAUCCCGUCGGAUUUGGUAUUAGUAUCACUAUGCUGGGUCUCUUUGGCAUCAUCUGGCCAGCUUGCUAUUACUUCAUCCUCAGGCGAAUCAACGCCAAACGUGCGCGCACCCCAGUAGAAGAGGUGAAGGAGAAGUACACGGACCAGGAACUUGCAGAGAUAGGUGAUGAGAGUCCAUUGUUUAGAUACUCUACAUGA